AUGAACGGCGAACAACGCGGCGGGAUUCGCGGCUCUGCCGACGCGGUUGCAGCUCCUACGGGGCCCGCGGCUGCAGCGGCGGCGGAAGCAGAAAACUCCGAGCUACUACCAUCACUGACAGAGGAGGUGGAAGGAGAGGUGCUGUUUGCGUUUAUCGAGGAGGCUUUCGCUCUUGCGGGAGCAUUCAACAUCGCGGAUUACGUGCCGUGGCUGAGCUAUUGCGGGGACCACUUCCGCAUGUACGCGCGCGCACAGCGCCUCGCACCGCAGCUGCGCGGAUUCAUGCGCGCGUGCAUCGAGGAGCGACGCCAACUCAUGCUGGAAAAGCGUACUGAAGGGAGCCAAGCCAGGCAAGGCAGGCUAGGGAUGGAGAAGGGGGCUGCGCUAGCAAUGGAUGGGGCUGCGGGUGAGCAGGUGAAGGCGCGGACGGCAUCUAAAACCACUCUUGUUGACACGUUGUUGGAGAUGGAAGGGGACGGGGAGGAGCAGGUGGACGAGGACGAUAUGCUCAUGCUCGCUCUCGACCUCAUGCUCGCCGGCACCGAUACCACCGCCAAGACCGUCGAAUGGGCACUUGCUGAGCUGGCGCAGCACCCGAACAUGCUGGAAAGGCUCCGCGAUGAGGUGGAUGUGGCGUAUGCCAAGUCAACAAGCGUGGCCGCCGAAACUGGGGCGCCCGUAGGACGACGAGGAGGAGGAGGUGAUAUGGUGGUGUCCCUUGCGGUGCAGGAGAUGCCGUAUCUGCAGGCUGUGUUGAAAGAAUCCUUCAGGCAUCACCCGGACGCUCCACUCUUCUUUCCGCGCCUGACAAGUGGCAGAGUAACCCUAGGGGGUUACAGCAUUCUUCCCAAUACCAUGAUCAAUAUCAACAACUGGGCUCUCGGGCACGAUCCAACAGUCUGGAUUAACCCGCACAAUUUCGACCCCUCCAGGUUCCUAAAACCUGAUGCCCCUGACGUGACCGGGCAAAAUUUCAGCCUGCUGCCAUUUGGUUCAGGCAGGCGUGGGUGCCUUGGGACGAGCCUGGGAUUGGACCUGUCUGCCCGCCUGCUGGCGAAUUUCGUUCGGCGGUUUGAUUUUGAGGCGCCCCAAGAGGUCAGGGCAGGUGGAGGGCUAGACAUGAGGGAGUCGUUGGGGAUGUCGAUGGUUCUGGCAACGCCUCUCAGGAUUGUAGUGAGGGAGAGACGGAAGCACGGGCAGUAG